AAAAUCCGAUUUCAAUAGGGAAGAAUUAUGCUGUCUUUCCUUGAGAAAAGCAACAAACCAAAAUCUAAAGCCAAUUAAGUUUCGAAUUUUCCUUUUCUUUUCUUAAUGUCGGCAGGAAGCUAGAGAAACCCUAAUAGAAACAGGAUAAAAAAAGGCGGAAUUCAGUCAAGUCUGUGAUAUCUCUAUUUAUUCGCCAGUGCUAUUGCUCACAGCUCUACUUUGCCUUUGUUUAUUUUCAAAUACGCAAUUGCUACAAAAUCACGGAAAACGGCUACGAGAAGAGAAAAGUUUAUGAAAAAGAUUAAUGAGGGUAACAAAGUAACCCAAGCAGUGAGCUUCUCAAAGCGAAAGCCAACCUUGAAGAAGAAAGUAGAGGAGCUUGAGACCUUGUGUGCUGUCACGAUUUGCAUGGUCUGUUUCGGUCCUGAUGGCACCGUCGAAACAUACCCAGAGAAUGCAGCAGAGGUUAAGAGAGAAAUCGGGUUCUACAAAGGACUUCAUGCCAUGCAGAAACGUGAGUUCAACCUCCUGGGUUAUUUAGAGAAUGUCAAGGGAAAGCUCGGAUUGAAGAGACAGAAGGUGAGAAGGAAGAAGCUCGAAGCAUUGGCCGAGAGUUUUUCAAAUCAAAUCGAGGGGUUAAGUGGGGAUGCUUUCUUGCACUUCAUUGAAGCUGUAGAAAAGAAGUUGAUGGGUUUGAGGGGGAAAAUCAGCGAUCUGUUAAGCAUCCGCGGUGAUAAAGGAAAAGCAGAUGCUCAUGGCAGUGAUAAUUCUGAUCAUGCUUUGGUCCCUUGUGAUCGUGCUGUUCCGGAGCCAAUAGAUGCAAAUAACUGUAUCUUCAUGGUUGAAAACAAGUGUGCAAACCCCGUAGUUGAUGAAGAUUUAGCAGAGUGCUUCUGCGAUUCAGAGCUAUUGAAGUUAGCAGGAAUCGAGUGUCAGCCCAUUACUCCUGAGCAGUAACCUUGUCGGCCACCUGAGAAACCAGGUCUUAGUCAGUGGAAGCAGUUUCAGAUGAUAAAAAGCUCGAGGGAAACAAAGUUACCAAACCAAUGAGUGAGAUAAUUGUGGCCAUGUUUCUCUUUUUUUUCUUUUUAUGAAUGCCUUAAUUUUGUUUUUCAUCGAAGAUAACACCUGACUAAAAAUCCACGAUCGGAUAAACCACAAAGGCCGGCAUUUCAUAUUCAGCUCAGCUAUCAUAAAACAAUUGGGAAUCAUUUUAACACUCGCCACCAGUGAACUGGAUUUUGCACAAAGCUUCCAGUCUGCCUGGAAAAUCCAUCGAAUGCCACAGGCGGCCAAAUGCUUCUUUCUGAAAACCAAGUUUGGCAGACUUGAGUCAGGAUAUAUAGAAGGGGAAAACUAUAAGUUCUUUCAGAGAUGACAAACGGCGAACUUGCUUGCACCCUGCAAAUUUUUGAUUGGGUGUUCACAAGAGAGGAAAGCCAGCCCUGGG